UGCUCUUCAGAUGUAACCGGGACGCAUUUUCUAGCUGGAGUUCCCAUAGUGAACUCUCACACACGGGCUGAACACAGUUUAAUGCCUUAAUCGCUCUCACAGACAGGUACUGGUCUCGGUUUGCUCCCGUUUCGAGCUGAAAACACUUGAUCCAGUCGCCGGGUCGAACCGAGCAGAGCCAUGGCAGGGGACGGCUCGGACCAGCGGGCACUGCAGUAUGAACAAACUUUGAUGUAUGGGCGCUACACCCAGGAGCUUGGGGUGUAUGCCAAAGAGGAAGCUGCUCGACUGAGGGAGAGCGGGCAGAGGCGAUCGGUCAGCGAUCGGAGCCGAACUCUGGACCUGCUGGAGUACGACAAGGGACGCUGUGCCAAGUGUCGCAGGUCAGGGUACCCGUAUGUUCUGGAAGCCCCGGCCCAGGACUUUAUCUCUGUCUGCACGGUUCGCUGUCAGAAGUUCCUGAUCUCGCGGGUCGGGGAGGACUGGAUCUUCCUCAUCCUGCUGGGACUCCUCAUGGCGCUGGUCAGUUGGGUGGUGGACUUCUGCAUCGCCAUCUGCCUACAAGCACAGAAGUGGAUGUACGGUGGUCUGGACAGUAAUGUCUUCCUGCAGUAUCUGGCCUGGGUCACCUACCCUGUAGUCCUCAUCACCUUUUCAGCCGGCUUCACCCAGAUCCUCGCCCCGCAGGCUGUUGGUUCAGGUAUCCCAGAGAUGAAGACCAUUCUGCGAGGGGUGGUGCUGAAGGAAUACCUCACCUUCAAAACUUUUGUGGCCAAAGUAAUCGGACUCACCUGUGCUCUGGGCAGUGGGAUGCCUCUGGGCAAGGAGGGGCCGUUCGUACACAUCGCCAGUUUGUGUGCAGCUCUCCUCAGCAAGUUCAUGUCUCUGUUUGGAGGAAUUUAUGAGAAUGAGUCUCGAAACAUUGAGAUGCUGGCAGCUGCCUGUGCUGUGGGAGUGGGCUGUUGUUUUGCUGCCCCCAUAGGAGGUGUGCUGUUCAGUAUUGAAGUAACAUCUACAUUCUUUGCGGUGAGGAACUAUUGGAGAGGUUUCUUUGCUGCUACCUUCAGUGCCUUCAUCUUCAGAGUUCUGGCUGUUUGGAACAGAGACGAAGAAACCAUCACAGCCCUGUUUAAAACUCGUUUCCGGCUUGAUUUUCCCUUUGACCUCCAGGAGCUUCCUGCCUUCGCCGUCAUUGGUAUUGCCAGUGGUUUCGGUGGGGCGUUGUUUGUCUACCUGAACCGACUGAUUGUCCAGUUCAUCAGAAAACAGAAGGCCAUCAACAGAUUCCUCAUGAAAAAGCGGCUGCUGUAUCCAGCACUGGUCACUUUACUUGUUUCCACUCUGACAUUUCCUCCAGGUUUUGGACAAUUUAUGGCUGGCAAACUCACCCAGAAAGAGUCUCUGGUGACUUUACUGGACAACCGCACGUGGGCCAAGCAGGGCAUCGCUGAGGAGUUCGACUACAUUGGACAGUCCCAAGCCUGGAAACACCCACAGGUCAACGUGUUCGUCACCCUCGUCCUCUUCAUCGUUAUGAAGUUCUGGAUGUCAGCCCUUGCUACCACCAUCCCAGUGCCCUGCGGUGCCUUUAUGCCAGUAUUUGUCAUCGGGGCAGCGUUUGGUCGUCUGGUUGGCGAGAGCAUGGCCGCCUGGUUCCCAGAUGGCAUUCACACAGAUGGCACCAUCUACCCCAUAGUGCCAGGAGGCUACGCUGUCGUGGGUGCAGCGGCCUUGUCAGGAGCAGUCACCCACACAGUUUCCACCGCGGUCAUCGUGUUUGAGUUGACCGGCCAGAUCUCCCAUAUCCUGCCGGUGAUGAUAGCAGUGAUCCUGGCCAACGCUGUGGCUCAGUCCCUCCAGCCCUCUCUGUACGAUUCCAUCAUCAGGAUCAAGAAGCUGCCUUACCUCCCUGAGCUGGGCUGGGGACACCACGAGAAGUACAACAUUCGUGUGGAGGAUAUUAUGGUGAGGGAUGUGAGGUACAUAACUCUUAACUGCACCUAUCGAGACCUGCAUAACGUCCUGCUGACGGGUCAUCUCAAGACUCUGGCACUGGUUGAGUCAGCUGAGUCCAUGAUCCUCCUGGGCUCCAUUGAACGUGCUCAGCUCCAGUCGCUUCUGUCCCUGCAGCUCGGCCGCCCUCGACGACUCGAGUACAUCAAAGAGCGAGCCACGGCCGAAAAGAAGCGCCUGUCUGUCGUGUCGAACCCCAGCAGUGACGAUGGCAGCCAUCGGGCCAGUCAGGAAGUCCGCUUCCAGAUCUCCACUGAGGAGUCUUCCUUCAGUCCCACUCGACCGGUUCCUCAGAAACCCCUCAAACCCGCUCUGAAGAGACCUUCUGUGGUAGAGCGACCCACUGAGAUCCCAAUCAGCCCACAGGAUAAUUCAGGCAUUGCUUUAAAGAACCUGUUCUGUGCCAGUCCAGACGCAGAAGGCAUGGAGGAUGAUGGUGAUGUGGAAGACGACAUGACCAUCAGAGAGAUUGCCGAGUGGGAGGAGAUGCAGCUUGAUGAGCAGGUCAACUUCAACAACUGCAAGAUCGACCCCGCCCCGUUCCAGCUGGUGGAGCGCACAUCACUGCAUAAGACCCACACCAUCUUCUCCCUGCUGGGCCUGGACCACGCCUACGUUACCAGCAUCGGGCGCCUCAUAGGUGUUGUGUCCCUCAAAGAGCUCCGUAAAGCCAUUGAGGGCUCUGUGACAGUGAAGGGUGUGAAGGUGCGUCCUCCUCUGGCGAGCUUCCGGGACAGUGGUACCAGUAGCAGUGAGAACGAGGCCACUGAGCUCCACAAGCUGUGGGAUCGCCACAAGAGCAUGUCGCUGCCCCGCGAACACACCCCCUCCGAGUCCGAUGAGAAAUCUCAGUGAGGAACAACAGAUGAGGAGGAAGAGCAGGUAGAAGAAGAGGAGGAUGAGGAUGAGGCAUUUAGGUCUUUAAUCCCCCAAAGCCACAGACAUGCAAAAAUCCUCAGGGCUUAGGAUCAAUAUUUAAUUCUUAAAAGAGUUCUACUGCUACGCCAGCCUCAUUCCAUCAUCUCCUCAUUUCUGUCCUUCCUCCUCCUCCUCUGUCUUUUCUACAUGGACCACCCAGUGCUUUCUCCAGGAGCCUUGCACUGAACCAACCAAGACACUCCAUGAGAGAGCGGACCACAACACAACACAUGCCUUGCUCUCCAUUUAACCUUGGGAACCCAUUGAAGAGCAAAUGUGGAUUGGUAGAGGGGCAUCAAGGGACUUCACAUCUUUAAAAAGGGAUUUCUUUUUUUAUCAGACUUUGUUUAGUUUUAGUGUAUGUUGGCUGAUCAGAGUUGGGAUCAAAGUUUGAACUGACGGAACAUGCAAAAGUCUUUCUGAUUGAGUCUUCCACUUUAACAGAGAAAUACAUCAACGAUAAUGAAGAAAGUGUGUGUUUGUGCGAAUGACAAACAAACGGUAUGAGUGUGCAUGUAUUUAGCAAGGGGAGGUAGCAAACCACUAUUUCCUAUAUGACAUUUUUAUUGUCUUUAAAACACAUUCAGUCAUUGCGUUACGGCUCGAAUGAUUUUACUGAUCAGGUGCACUGGGUUUAACUGGAAUUCGCCAUUUUUUUAUUCUUUUGUUAGUCUCAGGCAAUGGAUUUGCAUACGUGGGGACUGAUGCCUUAGAUUUCUGUGUCUUUACGUUUCCUCCUCUUUCGAUCAUCCCUAGUGUUCUCGUCUCUUCCCUCCGAGUCUUAAUGGUCAGGUUGAGAGUAUACUCUAUGCAAGCAGACAUGCCUGUCAACAGUAGUGGAGGCACUUGUAGCCCUUUUCAUAAUAUACACUCGUUCCAAUACUGUAGCUACAGCCUUACAUAAAAAAAACAUACAUGUGAGAAGCGCACAUGCACUCAGACAAGACACCGGCGAUGCACUGAGUGAGUCGAGGUUUUCUUUCUGCUUAUCUAAAUAUAGCUCCUAAUAAGUGUUCCAGAGAUGGUUGGGCGGAUGGAGAGGGCAGGAAGCAAGGGAGGGGAGGAAGAGCAACAGUGAGCAAAUGGAUGGCUGUAAGAAUGAAGACAUCAUUACCUAACCAGCUGCUCUGGGCCUUCUCGUCAAUCUGUCUUUGAUCGCCAUGUUAGCUAACCUCUAUUACCACUGUAGACACAGCAACCCCCUCCCUCCCACCAGCUUUAUAUGAUGUAACGGUCCUGAGGCUGACACUGUAUCCAUCUUCCCUCAUCCUCAACAUAUAUAGCACCAGAUGACAAUGUGUACACACAAGCAGCUUGAUUAAUGAAAGCAAAUAGCAUGAGCGAACAAGAUCCAAAGAGAUUAACUGGUGUAAAAACACUAAAGGAAAUCUAUACCAGGCCAAUAGGGAUUAGUCCAACAUGUAGUUUAACUAUUUGCAUGCCAGUGAGGAAAGAAAUUACUGCUCAUGCCUGCUGUGUGACCAUUCUAAAUCAUCAAUGGUCUUUAUGAAGCUUAUUAGAUACAGUGACUGAGUGGAUAUCUGCAAGUGAUUAGACUUUGGUGCGUUUAAUUUAAGAAUUAAAGGGGCAAUUUGUAAUAUUUUUAGUUUAAUACAUUAAACAUUUUCAAUAUGUUUAAUGUACACGAAGUAUAGUGUUGUAGAGAUGUUGACAAAUAAGAAUGAAAUUAGCAUGCAGACCAGCUAGCCCAAACCUGUCCUGUGUUGUAGAACUUGUACUUCAGGACUUGCAGUGAACCACUGUAAUGUACCAGUGAAAUAUUUGCCCUCAGGACUGUCUGACAGGAUUCACCCAAACUGUGCUCUUUUCCUAAACCAAACCUGAUAAGUUUGAUGCGUAAAGCUGACCCUGCUGUCACUGAAGACUAACAUUAAGAAUGAAAAGGUUCAAAAUAAGUCAAAAUUAGUCUCCUGCAGGAAAGUCUGGUAUACAAGUCCUUCAUCCACAAUAACCUUUUCUGUCCUGUGUCGCUGACUUUUCCCUGUACUUGUCUUAACUUUAAUUUCCUUGUUUGUGGUGAAACUACAUUUCAACUUUCUGGGAAAUUUCUUCCCUUGACUGUUUAUAGCUUGAGUUAAUUAUCAAGUCGUUAUCUUACAGAUUGCCCCUUUAACCAAUCGGGACAUGAAAUCUGGUUUUGCCCAUUACAAUAGAUGGGUACUUGUUACUGGGUUUGUGUCCCCUCUUUGGUGCCUCUCAUUUCACCAGCUUCUGCGUAGUCUGUUUUAGCAAUUAAACCUGGAAUUUGAGCCACUCAUCUUUUUAAUGGCAAGAUGGUUUCUGAUUCAGCGAGUCUAAGUACUGUGUUUUUAAUAAUUUAUACCAGCAUUAAUGCUUGAGGCUCUUCGGUGCAUACUCUACACAAAAAGAGAAAGGCAUUGAUUUAUGUUCCUUCUUUACACUCCCAUUUUUACUUGCUUUUGUGGGCCACUGACCUGAAUCUUCCCAGAGAAAGAUGGCCAUCUUAACCCAGAGGAUCAUGCUACUGUCAGAUGCCUUAAACAAAAACUCACUCCAUUUUCAUUUCAGCCUUGAAAACAUUGCACAGGUUUUAUUUUCAGUGGCGGUUUGUCUUGCUACAGCAUGGUUUUGCAUGUGAAUGCAUGUGGAUUUUGUUUGUUUCACAAUUGAAUUUAACCAAAACCAAAAGCUUGACAGAAUACGAGUAUGGAACAAGUGGGAGAUGUACUCUUUUAGGUUUGCCAUUGUGUGCCUGGAUGUUUGUCAUCUCUUAUUUUGUAAGUCAUAAUGAUUUGUUUUUUUAUUGGUGUCUUCCAAUGAGCUUUAUUAUAAUAUCUUCUGAUUUUAAAAUGGUUUGGGGUCUUUUGGUUAACAAAGUUAUACUCACAGAUUAAUAUAUUUAACAUCAUGGCUGCAAUGUAAGAUCAUAAUUUAAUGUCUUAACCAACACUAAAAUGGUGACUGUUCUCUUUUUGUUUUGAAAGAGAUUCAGAGGGUUUGUUUUUUGGGACGUGAACAACUUUCACAUUUGAUAAAGUUUGAUUUUCAUGCUGUCUUAUGUUUUUAUAUUAUCUUGCUGUCUGAAACAUUUCUGCUGUCUCUGUUAAGACAGUCGUACAAGUUCAAAGAACACUAAUGGGGUGAAGGCUCACAGUGGUUGUCUGACAGAAGAAAAAGACUGUUGAAGGGACCAGCAUGUGGUCUGUUGCGGACAUGUUCAUUCCACAAGUGCCUGCAUCAUCUCUUCUGCUUUAUUAACAGGAACAGGAACUUAUCAUUUCCAUAUGCAUGUAGACAAAGCACUUUUUCUACAUGCAGACACAGAAAUUUGAAAUAGCGCAGUGGAUGACGUGUUUGCGCAGUAUGCAGUUAUCACCAUGGCAACAUGUUGUUGUCACUCUCACCUCACCCAGGGGACUGACCGAGAUCUGAUUUCUGUUCAUUUUUUUCCCUGUGCUUUUCAUUGCUUCCCCUUCAGUCUUUUCACAAUAUUUUGAUCUCAUUUGCUACCAGACAGACAUAUGCCGAGGCAGAUGCAUAUUUAUUAAUCUGUUUUAAUCAAAGUAGAUGUAAUUUUUCUUUGUUCUAAUCAAUUUGUGCAAUAACGGAUGUUCAUCUCACUUUGUAACCAAGUUUUAAUUGAUGACAUGAAUGCAAGAUAACCUUAUUUUUGUAAAGAAACAUGAAAAGUGUAAAAAGAUGUAUGUAUAUGAGGACCGUCACACAGGAGCUUGUGUGUAGAAAAUAGUGAUGUCUUAAAUGACAGUUUGGAGGGGGAACGUGUCCCAAAAGCCUAAAUGAAAGGGAUCAGCUCUUCUCUUAUCUGGCAAAGCAUCUUACAUUUGAAACCUAAAAAAAUAUUUAAGACACUGUUUGUAACUUAAGCUGCGUUCAAGAGGAGAAACGACUAACUCUCACUUGGGCUGUGGAAACUUUUCCCCCGUCUGGUCUUAAAAGGUUCUCUGGUAAAUCCUGCUGCAUAGGCUGAAGCUGGCAGUCUCCGACAAGCCCCCCUUGAGCGCUGACUCUGAGUCAGUUUUGUCAUGCUCCCCUCUUCCCUCUCGUUCAGUCUGAGGGGCUUUGAUAAGACCAGGUCCUCACACGCUUGUUGAGGGUUAUCUUUUAUCUGCUCCUUAGGGCUCUUAGGGUCCGACUAUUGUACAUACACACAGCAAACCCUUAGGCCCCAAGCAGAUGGAGCAGAAGAAAAUCCAGAGCUAUUUUCACAAUGAAAAAUUCCACAUUGUUUUGUAUAUCAGGGACGAAUAAAUGAAAUUUUAAC